GAGAGAGAGAGAGAGAGACUACGCUGGUGGUGCUUGUAAAGGCGUCAGUGUUUGCUUGAUUUCUUCACAGUUGCAUUGUGGCUAGAUCAAGAUUCUGCCAAAAACUACUCCCACUGGACAGAUUUAAAUGGACAUAACAAAAUUUUUCGCACUCCAGAACUUUUUUUUCUUGACACACUUGCGUUUUUCCAGGAUUCAUGAACUUUUUGCAACUUUUUUAGUUUUGUGGACAGGUUGGAUUUAUCGCUUGGGAGCAAGUCUUGCUUGUUUUGAAAAGAUGGAGCACCACUACCCCGAUCUGAGGGCUGCCAGAGCAGGACUCCUAAGGUGUGACAUAUGAGCAUUCAGGGCAAAGAAGAGAAAUCAUUUGCAGGGGAAACUUCACUAACCCUCAGUUUUGAGAGGAUUUAUUUGUAUUUUCAACUUGUGGUAACUGGGUCGAACCAAUGAAAGAUGGCUAACGUCAGCAUAGAAACCCACAUCACUUCACCAGGAGAGUGGUUCUACGUCGUGGCGUUCAACAUUAUCCUGGUCACCGUGGUGGGAAACCUGCUGGUCAUUAUUGCUGUGGCACGCACUCCACAAUUGCAGACUUCAACGAACAUCUUAAUCAUGUCGUUAGCAUGUGCGGACCUUAUCAUGGGGGUCCUUGUGGUCCCAUUUGGGGCCACUUAUGUAAUGAUAGGUGAUUGGCCGCUUAGUAAAACUUUAUGCAACCUCUGGACUUCUAUUGACAUUCUGUGUGUGACGGCGAGCAUUGAAACGCUUUGUGUCAUCGCAGUUGACCGGUAUGUGGCCAUCACCAGGCCACUGCGAUACACAGUUCUACUCUGUAAAUUUCGUGCCAGAGUGAUAGUUUGUCUAGUCUGGGUUGUGUCUACUUUCAUUUCAUUUGUACCAAUUAUGAUGACAAAUUGGUGGCUAAAAGAUGGGGAGCCGUGUUAUAACAAUUCGAAGUGCUGUGACUUUGUGGUUAACAAAGAAUAUGCUAUUUCAACCUCUUUAGUCUCCUUUUAUAUCCCUCUGGUAAUAAUGAUAGCUGUGUAUGCACAAGUGUUUGUUAUUGCAGCGCGGCAGGUCAAGCUCAUAAAGAAAAAUCGUCCACGUUUCCAGAACGAAUGUCUUGCUCAGAUUCAAACUGGCUCCAACUCGAACAAUCACCUGGCACCAGCGUGCGUGGGCUCCAACAGCUACAACAACGUGGCGAGGAGAAAGAGUGCCAAGAGGAGACCAUCACGACUGCUGAUUGGUGAGCUCAAAGCCAUCAAGACUUUGGGCAUCAUCAUGGGGACCUUCACCAUAUGCUGGCUGCCGUUCUUUGUUGCCAACAUUAUCAAAGCUUUUAAAGAAGACAUCCUCGAAGAGCCAAACUUCCUGUAUCUAAACUGGCUGGGUUACAUCAACUCCGCCCUCAAUCCCAUCAUCUACUGCAGGAGUCCAGAGUUUCGAACUGCUUUCAAGAACCUAAUUGGUUGCCCAUGGCUGUCCACAGUGUGGCUAAACUCUUUCUAUAAGGAACUGCGGACUCGCUGCUCCUGCUUUCUGUGGCAAACUGAUUCGGGCGCUGUGGGGUCUUUCCAAAAGCCUCCAGAUGUUAAGACUGAGGGAAGUGGCAGCCUGGGCAGCAGAAGUGAGGACAUGUCCGUUGGUCUUUCCCAGUCCAAUGGCAGCACACAGUUCACCGACUGUUUGGAACCAGAAUCCCAAUUUUCAGCUAAUGAAUACAUCGUUGGUGAUUUGGCCUAUGCGGAGGAGAAAGUCAGGACAAAUGUUGUCCUUGAGGUAGAAGCGUGGACACCAAAUGGACGGACACCCCAGCAGCUUGAAGCUGGCCGACCAGACGGUUCUAAUGGGGCUGAUGAAGUGGAAGCUGUCAAUGAAGCUGGGGUUGGUGAUGGACUAAACCAAGCGGACAAUAUCAACUGACGCACAGUACAGGAAGAGGAUGACUGAACUGUUACAUGUUGAUCUACUGAAGAAAACUGUUACUGUGACUCCUGCAGCGCCUGAGACCAAUCUGCCUUGAAGGCCAGUUAAAGCGCAACAACAGCUGAAUGAAGCUUUCCCAAAGAGGACGAACGGACGGACUGAAAGCAGCAGAUUUGGACCGGAAAGGACCGCCGUGACUUUUUUUUUCUUUUGUCGAACAGGACUUUGGCUGCUGUAGAAUGCUGCUCCACAGACAUUUGUUGACACCAGACGUACUUCCUGUUGCCAUCCACAUGUUGACACAUUGUUUACAAAGAGUAUUCAUGAAAAAGACAAAUGCACAUUCUGAAUGCAUUGCUAAUCCUUCAAACACAGUGCACAAUAUGAGCCCUGUGGUCACAGAAAUAUCAGCUUCAACUUAUUAUUUACAGUGCAUUAAGUGGUAAGUUAUGUAUUUAUGAUACACUGAAUCUGUAGCAAAAUGACAAGUUCUGCUGAGGUUGGCGUCACUGUAGAGACGUUCUCUUCACACAAACCUUUCAGUGUAAUAUCCUCCAAACCAACGAGCUGUGCAGUGAAAUAACCAACUCUGUCCAAACUUGUUUUUGUUCUGAGCCUUGGCUCUUUGUUCGCACAAUUCUGCCUUGAUUCCUCUGUUUUGUUGUUAUCGUUUUCAUUUUGUCAUAAUGUGAAAAGCGUCUGUUAAGAAACCUUCAAUAUGAUUCUGGUUAGUACGUGUUUUUGUGCAAGCAAGGUACAGUAUUUUAACUACAGUUAAAUAUAUAUAUAUAUAUCAAGUAAAUCUGCUAUAUGCUGUGUUGCUUACAAGGUCUAUGCCAAUAUAAGCUCAGUAAUACUCUCCAAAUAAAGAUAAAGAUGGAUUUUCUAAAGGGAACUUUUGCUUACACAUUCUCUAUUACUACACUAUACCAUAAGAAUUUAGGACAAUAUUGUUAAAAAGGGUUAUUUUUUUUAAACGAAUUGACAAGGAUUUAGACACAACAAAUAAAUGUAAAAGAAAAUUGUUUAAUAAUUUUUAGAGACAAUAGUCAGGAAGCUAUGAGGGAAUAGGUUUGAUUUAAAGUGCAAUUCAAGCUAGAGAAAAAGUGAGCCUGUCUUUCUUAAAAACCAUUAGGUCAUGAUACCACCUCAGCUUGGUAGGGACACGGGACAGUGUGAAAUGUGUCCUAUUUUCCGAUGCAUGCAAAUAUAACAAGCAGCACCCCUGACGCUGUUUGUCCGGGUUGUGGCUGUUUGGGCACAUUCAGAUUCCUGGUAUCGUCCCUUCGGCCCUUCAGCCCUUCAGCCUUUAUUUUAGUAUGAUGAAAUGAUCCUCCUGAAUGGAAAACAUUUUCCUGUUUUCUAAAUGUGGCUGCAAAGCAGCUGUACCUCAACUGCAGGCAAAAUAGUAAUCAGCCGUGAUAAGGUUGACCUCAUGCAUACAUCGGGCUAUGGUUGGUGUUAAAAAAAAACAAGUUUGUAGGGUAAUGGAUCACAUGUCAUUCAAAUUAUGCAAUCAAAAUAAAAUCUGAACCUGGGUAACAUUAAACCAUUUUAAAUGCAGUUAUAUUUAGAUAUUUAUUAAGAAUGCCUUAGAAUUGCAACAUAAACUAGCAGCAAAGAAAUUGUUUCAUACUGCAGUGAAUGUUGCUCUCAAAGCAAUUUCUGACCAUUUCUAAAUACUAAACUUGUAUAGAUAUUUAUUAAAGUAGGUGUUGAAUUUGUUUAUGGUGGCUUAACUUUUACAUUGGUCUUUUUCAAUCUCAUUAAGGACUUGUUGGUUGAAUAUUGACUUACGCAUUUCUUGUUAUGAUGGGUCUUUGCGGCUGCUCCCUUACGCAGGCGUCGCCGCAGCAAGUCAGUACAAUGCAGACUGGGCAGAGUUGCUCUUCCUGAUGCAACCGAGAUUCAAACUCCGUAUGGAUUUACCCCGCAACACCACAAAGGGACAGAUUUGUGCAUUUCCUGUCAAAAUCCAAAACAGAAGAUUUCGUCAUCCAAUUUAAAAGCAAAAAAAAAUAAAAAAAGAAUAUAUGUUUUGUCCAGGAAAAUAACAUAAAAAUAACAGAAUCCACAAUUUCACUUUUUUUGUUUGUUUUUGCAAUUUGUUUUAUCUGUAAUAGUCUGAUUGUGUUAAACUUGCAAAUUAUGAUCAACAUGUGCACAUCAGUAUAACAAUUACAUCAGAUCACCAAUUAGCAUUUUUGAAAUGCAUUGUUAUUUUUUGUUAUUAUUAAAUAGUUGGUCAAUUUUAAACAUACCUCUUUAUUUGGACAUUUGCAUUCCUGUAACACUCGAUGUUGAACUUCCAAAUUAAUUCACUAUAAA